AUGACCAUGCUCACCGGUAAACCGUUACACUGGGCCAUAACCACCACGGCAGGAGCUGGUUUCCUGCUUUUUGGUUAUGACCAAGGUGUCAUGUCCGGUCUCCUGACCGGAAGGGCCUUCACGGCGCAGUUUCCAGAGAUCGAUACCACGGCUGGUGCGGGCGGUAGUGCAUCGCUGCAGGGAACCGUGGUUGCUAUUUACGAAAUCGGAUGCUUUUUCGGCGCCAUCCUCGCCCUGUUGAUCGGGGAGAAGAUCGGCCGGCGCAAGACCAUCAUGCUGGGAUGCAUCAUCCUCUUCAUAGGAGGUGCCCUCCGGGCGUGUGCCUAUGGAAUUCCCCACAUGAUUGUUGGACGCAUUGUUGCGGGCCUCGGCAAUGGCUUGAAUACGAGUACUAUCCCUGUGUGGCACUCUGAACUCAUGCAGGCUGAUGUUCGUGGCAAGGGUUUGUCAAUCGAGCUUGCUAUUAACAUCUUUGGAGUCAUGACGGCUUAUUGGGUGGAUUACGGCAUGUCGUUUGUCCACGACUCCUCUGUCCAGUUCCGGUUUCCUCUGGCCCUGCAAUGCUUGUUUGCCGUGGUCACGUUUGUGGGCAUCAUGCUCCUCCCUGAAUCUCCACGCUGGCUCAUCGCCCACGACGAUCUUGACCGAGCCCGUCACGUACUAUGGGCUUUGCUUCCAAACGCAAAAGAAACUGACACCAACGACGAGGUUGUCAGGGAGGAAAUCUCUGACAUCCAGCACGCCAUCGAGGAGGAAAGACUGGCGGCUCAGGGCGGAAGUUUCAAGACCCUGUUCAAGAACGGCCCCCAAAAGUUCUUUUACCGGACGAUGCUCGGUAUCGGCGGCCAGUUCAUGCAACAACUCUCCGGCAUUAACCUCAUCACCUAUUACGCCCCGGUCAUCUUUGAGCAAUCCGUGGGCAUGUCCCAUGAACUUUCACUACUCCUUGCUGGCUUCAACGGCGUUGCCUACUUCUUCUCCUCAUUGAUCCCAAUAUGGAUCAUUGACCGGCUCGGACGCCGCAAGCUCAUGCUCUUCGCUGUUGUCGGACAGGGAGCCUGCAUGGCCGUGCUCGCGGGGACUGUUUCAGACGGAGGCCACGCUGCUGGCAUUGUUGCUGUCGUCAUGCUAUUCCUGUUCAACUUCUUUUUUGCCGUCGGCUUGCUUGCCAUCCCCUGGUUGUUACCCGCCGAGUACGCUCCUCUAGCCAUCCGGACCAAGGCUGCUGCCCUUUCCACCGCGUCGAACUGGAUCUUCACCUUCCUAGUCGUCGAGAUCACUCCCGUCAGCAUCGCCAACAUUCAGUGGCGGACGUACAUUUACUUUAGUGUUUUCAACUUCUGCUUUAUACCGCUGGUCUACUUCUUCUACCCAGAGACGCGAAAUCUUUCUCUGGAGCAGAUCGACAGGUUAUUUACGGGCGAGAAGGUUAGGCUUCACUGGUCGCCGUCGAUGGGUUCAAUAGGUGAUGCUGCCAACCGCUCUGGGUUUCACGCGAGACACUCAAACGUAGCAGAUGAGGCGUCUGAGAAAGCCAAGGCUGAGAAUGAGAAUGUCUUGGUGUAA